AUUACUUUCUGCAAUGAUUCAACUUUGUAUUCUUUUAUUUUUUUUAAUUCAUGAUAAAUCUAUUUUAGGGAUUGAGGAACCUACAUAUCGACAAAUUCCUUAUGAUUAUGCUUUAUCUCAAAUACACAUGGUUCCCUUGUUGCAACUCAAGGAACAGGCAGUAGAAAAUCUUAGCAACUAUUCAAAGGCUUUGGAAAAUCGCUUAAAAAAUGUGGAACUAGGAAUUAAGCAAUUGGAGGAACUCCUAGAGCCUGGAGAUUCAUUAAAACCUUUUAAAUUAUUUAAACUGGCAAGACAUUUAUAUUUCGACUGGAAAAAGUGGUUUCGUUUUCUAAAAGAACAAAUCGGCUCAAAAGAGAUUUUAAAGGCUCAAAGGUUACGUCCCAGGAUGCCAUCAGUUACCGAUUAUAAAGAAGCUCUUUAUGCUAUAUAUAGACUUCAAACCACCUAUGAUCUGGAUCCUGCUGAGAUGUCAGAGGGCUUACUGAGAGGAAAGCAAUACAGAUGCAAGAAAUGGAGCGCUUUGGAAUGUUUGAUGGUGGGAACUACAUAUUAUUUGGAUGAAAAUUUUGAAAAUGCAGAAAUCUGGUUUAAACUUGCUCAGAAAAAGUACUACCAGCACUCAAUCCCAAAACAGUUUGCAGUUCUAGGCAUUCCUUACAAGUUUAUCUUGAUAUUGCUAAUGAAAUCAGCCAGAAGUUCUGGCCGCUACAAAACAGCAUUAAAUUAUGCCAAAAAAGGAUUUAAUCUUGAAUUGAAUACAAAAUAUUGGGAAGAUCAAAUGGCCCAAAUCGAAGCAUUAAUUAAAAACCCAGAGGUAAUCAAACCAUUCGAGCCAUUUAAGUAUCUGUUCAAGCCUGCUUGCCGAAAGAAAUAUCCUCAUGUCCAUUUAAAAUGUCAAUACUUGAAAGCUUCUCCCUUUUUAAAAUUGGCACCAAUAAAAAUGGAAAAGGUAUUCUUAGAUCCACCUAUGAGUAUCUAUCAUGAUUUGAUAAAUGAGAAGGAAAUCUCAUUAUUAAAAAACCUUUCAACACCAUAUUUGAAACGUAGCGAAUUAUAUUCAGAAUACCAUGGUGUUUUUGAGGAUUUUUCCAAUCUUCGAACUUGCAAAACAAUGCGGUUAGAUGAUACCAAUCACCCCUUACUUGAAAAAUUAAAUAAUCGGAUUGUAGACGCCACAGGAUUGAGUGUAAAAGAUUCCGAGAAGCUACAGAUUAGUAACUACGGCAUUGGCGGACACUUAUAUGAGCAUCAGGAUUUUACAACCACAACUAAAAUUGAUUUUUGGAAUUCUGGAAAUCGUGUGAUUACAGCUUUGUUUUAUUUAAGCGAUGUCGAGCAAGGCGGUGAUACUGUUUUUCCACACUUAAAUUUAAAAGUUCCCGCUCAAAAAGGGUCCCUGAUGGUUUGGUAUAAUUUACUUUCGAAUGGAACUACAGAUUCUCGAGUUUUACAUGCUUCUUGUCCAGUUCUCAUGGGCAAUAAAUGGAUUGCCACCAAAUGGCUGCGUGAAAAAGCACAAACGUUUAUACGAAAGUGUCCCAAGGACUUUCAAAAUAAAUAAAUUAAAAGGGUUAAUAUAAUAGAAACUUUUUUUCGACUUUAAUUUAAGUGUAAAUUGUGAGAGAAAGACACAUGAGGCUUUAAUAAACCAUUACGUAUAAUAAAUUGAUUUAGUCAGCCUCGACAAAAAAAUAUCUCAAUAAAAAGCUCAGUUUUUUUCUCAGUUUCAUACAAAAAUGGCUAGAAUCCUGUUUAGUUUUUUAAUUAUAAUUGCAAAUAUUUGUUUCCAAUUGAGGGCCCACAAUAACAGCAUUUACUCCUCUCAUGAUUUUGCCAUAUCCUUAGAAUCACAACUAAAACUUUUGACAUUAAAAGAAAUUCAAGUAACAAAUUUAAAAAACUAUAAAAAUGAAUUAGCUAUACAUUACUUUGCAAUUAAGCGAGCCAUAAAGCAUACUGAAAAUUUGUUAAAUUCCAUGGUGGAAGAUAAGGGAAAUGUAAUAGUUUUGUUUAAACUUUUGCGACAUAUGCACAAUGAUUGGCCGGAAUAUUUAAAGUUAUUUAGAAAAGAAUUGGGUAUCAAAGAGAUGUCCCUUUCCCAAGAAUUAUUAGAAAAACAGCCCAAAGCAACCGACUUUGAAGAAUCCAUGGCAGCCAUUUAUAAAAUUCAAGUCGUUUACGAUUUGGAUGCCUCUAAUAUGACGCGUGGAAUUUUAAAUGGCAAAAGCUACAACGUUAAAAACUGGGGUGCGGAUGAGUGUCUUAUAAUGGGCCUGUUAAACCAAUUGAUGAAGCAUUACGACCUAUCAGAACAAUGGUUCCGAUUAGCCUUGAUUUAUUUCAGGGGCCAUCCUCGGCCUAAGGAACUUGAUAUUAAACUUUUUAAAUUGUCCAACAUUUUAGAGUUAUUGGUCGAAGCAAAUAAGGGGCUCGGACAUUAUUCAAAAGCAAGGCAAUAUGCCAAUGAGCUUUUGAGUCUGCAACCUAAUCAUAAUUACAUAAAUAAUCAAUUACUUAAAUUAAACGAUUUAGAUAAAAAGCCACCAAAAUCUACCAAAAGCAAUGAAAAGAUGUAUCAGCUGCAGAAAGCCAUUUGUACAAAGGAAUAUCCUAAAAUUUCACUCGAAGAAAAAUUUAAAUUGUCAAAAAAAAUAAAUCUGAGACAUUAUCCAAACUUUCUUACUAAAAAUGAGACAGAAGCCCUCAAAAUGGUGUCCAGACCUCAGUUGAAUCGCGAUGAAAACUUGUCUUGGAACUGCAGUUGCAAAAUCGCAGAACUAAAAGGCUCUGAACAUGAAAUAGUUAAUAUUAUUAACAAAAAAAUAAGGGACAUUAGUGGAGUAGGUAAAAAUGUUAAUGAAGUUAUAGAGGUCAUAAAUUAUGGCAUUUCUGGAAACUACAACCCCGAUGAUAGAGAAAUGUCUAAAAGAGAUCAUAAAGCCAAUGUUUUAAUAUUUUUGAAUAAUGUUAAACAAGGUGGAGAAACUGUUUUCCCAUCACUUAAUAUUAAAUUGAAACCUCGGAUGGGAACUAUGCUGCUUUGGUUGAAUUCCGAAAAAAGAGUUUGGCAUCAUCAGUGUCCACUUAUCGUGGGAAAUAUGUGGAUGGCUACGAAGAGGUUGUAUUAGAAAACUUUAUAUUAACAUGCUAUUAAAUUAGAAUUAAAUUCAAAUUAAAUCUUGAUAAAGUG